UAGGCUUUGACUGGAGUCCCGACACAAAUAGUCAGACCACUCGCGGGAUUUGGUUUUCGCAGCCCUUUAUUGUCCACAAAUCCAGUGGCGAAGAGGUGGCCAUCAUUUUGGUGGACACCCAAGGAUUGUAUGACGACUGCUCAACCGAAAGGGACUGGUCUACUAUAGUAGGCCUGAGCCUAUUGAUGUCGUCCACUCUAAUAUUCAAUGUCCACAAUGAUCUCGGGGAAGAUACACUUAGUAGCAUGCACAAGUUUCUGGAUUACGGGCUACAGGCGCUCAAUAAUAUCGAGUGUCCAGACGAUGACCCUUUUGAUGGGGACGGGAGUAAACCAUUUCAAGAUGUGAUAUUUAUGAUUCGGGACUGGACCAGACCCGACCCGCCCCACGGUCUAGAAGGGGGACAAAACUACCGAAACGCCAAAUUUGAGAUCAAACCCAAACAAAAGCCUACCGCAAAAAAGUCCAGACAAAUAAUUGUUGACAGUUUCGAGAACUACCAGUGCUUUCUGAUGCCCAGCCCAGGGCUGGAGGCCAUUAGCGGUGACCCGGGUUUCAAUGGUUGCGCCAAUCGGUUGACCGAAGAGUUUAACGCAAGAGUCGACGAGUUUUGUAGGCAUUUGUUGGGUAACGCCGACGCCAUUAAAGUCAAGACUAUUAAUGGUCGUCCAGUGCGUGGUGGUGAGCUAGCACAGUUUUUCGAUGAAUGUGUUAGGAUUUUUAAUAGCGAUGAGAUGCCCAGGGCCAGUGAUAAUGUCGAGGCCCGGCAUAGGGCUGCCGAUAUUCGCUUGAUCAAUCAGUUAAAGGAUGAGUACGUGAAUGAGAUGGCAAUCCUAUCUCUGGACAAACCCUUCAGUGGUCGGACACAACUCACCGCACAAUCGGACGACUUGAUUGACGGCAUGAAAGCAAAGUUCAGUUUUCGUAAAAAAUCUUCCGAUGAGUCGGUGAUACAGGAGUUGACGGCAAUGUUAGCCCAGAUACUGGACACGGCUUUCCAGUCGAGGUAUUCGGAUAACGAGAACCGGAGGCUUACGGCUACUAAUGAUAUGAUCACUGAAUUGGUGGACGAGUUUAAGGCGGAUAUCAAUGAACACAUUACUCCCGAUGACUACAUUAGUGAUCAUACUUUCGCCAAAAUAGUGGACACAAAACGGGAACACAUUGUCAAUAGGUUUGACACGUUUUGCGCGGUUGAGACACAAUUAUUUGACUCACAUAAGCAAAGGUUAUUGAAUCAAAUCCAAAGCGAGUCCAAUGUUUUUAUCGCUAAUAAUAAUCAACACAAUCAUCAGUUAAUUAGCACUUAUGACAACUGUGUGGCAAUGCUUAAGUCCAGAUAUGACCAGAAAAUGAACGACCUAUACACUGACCCUGCUAAAUACUACGACACCGAGGAACUGGAGGCACUAAGCCUGAGCAUACAGCUUGACCUACAGGUGACUUUGGACGCCUGCGACGCAAACACCGACGUCAUACCCAUAACGCCCUACAAGGACUCCCUAGACUCCUAUAUCCGGCACAAAUUACAGGGCCUCCUCAUGAUGAACACCCAGCGCCGGGACCAUGAUAUGAGUGCCAUGGAGACGGUUAUGUCAAACCUGGUGAAGGAAUACGAGGACGAACUGAACGCCUGGAUCGAGGACUCGACAGAUAUAGACACUCGGGAGGAGUUCCUCAGACAGACCCGGGAUAUCAGCGCCCGUCUGAUUGCUGAAAACCGCCAUAACCUGCGACUCGACGUACGAGAACUUAAAGACCGAUUUCAGGCUACCGUUCCCGACCUGAUCGACAUAUUCGCGGAGCACGUGGACAGCCGUCGCGUUACUGAAAAAUUAUUGGCCGACCGUAUCAUCCAAUGGUAUAACCAGGAGAUGGGCCGGGAGUACGACAACACAACAUUCAUAAUACCGGAGCGCUUGGAGGGCAUACACCGGGGACUGGUAGACACAGCCCUAAAAAAGUUUAAAAAUCAACGUGGUCAUAUAACCAGCGACCGGUACGAUGAGCUAGUCAGGGAUAUCCUAAAAACGGCGUACCAAACG